UAGCAGACGAUCAGUAAUGUCUGAACCAGUGCACAGAAGAGGUGUUCGCUGCGUAUUACGAAUAAUUUUAUCUCAAAAUGAGUCUUAAUAAGGAUACAUUAAUCCAUCUAUUUGCCGGCGGGUGUGGUGGAACAAUGGGUGCAGUGGUCACAUGCCCUCUGGAGGUAGUCAAGACACGACUACAGUCCUCUACAUAUGGGUAUAUGAGUGGCUCUCUGCCCCCACCUGCAGCAAGACAAGGUGGCUCCACCACAUGCCCCACUAUGCCCCAUCUCAAGCAUCGUGGAGGUAGUGCUCGGAGACUUUGCACAAGUGCUCUGAGGUCUGGCACUCAAGUUGUGCAUCUCUCACAGCAACUUCCAAACCCUCAAGGACAGCGUCACACUGUAUCAAUUUUGCAUUGCCUCAAAUACAUAAUUGAGGUUGAAGGCCCACGGGCAUUAUUCCGGGGUCUUGGUCCUAACCUUGUUGGGGUUGCUCCCUCCCGAGCUAUCUACUUCUGCUCCUACUCCCAGAUGAAGAAAGUCCUCAACUCUAACCUCAGCUGUCCUGAUUCUCCUGUUGUGCAUAUAUUGUCGGCAUCUUGGGCUGGCUUCACUGCGUGCACAGCCACCAAUCCAAUCUGGUUCAUCAAAACUCGCCUGCAGCUGGACAACAGUAUUUAUGGCAGUAGUACCUCAGCACUUCAGUGUAUACGUCGUACUUACCGUCAACAGGGUAUUGGUGGGUUCUACCGGGGGAUCACAGCAUCAUACUAUGGCAUCUCGGAAACUGUCAUCCACUUCGUAAUAUACGAAGCCAUCAAGGCAAAGCUCAUUGCUGAUAGGCAAGGUAAUCCCAAUAAUCGGUCAACUCGGGACUUCCUGGAGUUCAUGCUUGCAGGUGCAACGUCAAAAACAAUAGCAUCCUCCAUCUGCUACCCACAUGAAGUAGCAAGAACACGGAUGAGAGAAGAGGGCCGCAAGUAUCGAGGCUUUUGGCAGACUCUUGGUCUUGUACUCCGUGAGGAAGGAUGGGGUGGGCUGUACCGUGGACUGGCAACACAACUUGUCCGACAAAUUCCCAAUACUGCGAUUGUGAUGGCCACAUACGAGGGAGUUGUGUAUGUCCUCACAAGGCACUUCUGCGAACGUGACAGUGAAUUCUAUGAAGACGAUGGCUAUGAUGAUGACAUGGAUGACAACACAACAGAGUAAUUUUAAAAAUUCUGUAAAGGUGAUGUUAAUCUCUAGUGAAGUGACAGAAAAGAUGUUUAAAUGCAAUUGGUAAAUAAUUGACUAUUAUGUGACCCAUUGAAAUUUGCCAAAGUCGAUAACAUAUUGGAAAGUCACUUUCUGUGGUACCUAAGCUGCAACUACACAUACCUUGUUAAUGAUAGGUGUAUUACAGAUUUUACUUCAGAUGUUUUGAUAUUGAUAUUCUGUAGAUAGGAUGAAAUAAUUUACCAUAUUGAAGCUCCUACUUUGCAUUGUCCCCCACAAAAAAGGUGUGAUCCUAAUUCACAGUACAGUAGUUGAAUUUUUUCUAUCAGUGCUCAAUACAGGUAAUUAUUUCACCAUUCGUUCUACUUUGUGUUACAGUAAGUAAACUGUUUGCAGAGUAAUCCUUGACAGAGAUACCAAUUAUACACCAUUUUGUUUUAAUGUCUUCCAGUACUUUAGAUGGAUUCUUUCCCCCUUUGUUUUUAACUAAAGCCAUGCCAACUAAGGUGCUUACAAAUUGUUCCUAGUGAUGAUGUUGAAAUUUAAGUUAUAUAUAAACAGUAUAUAGUAUAUAUAUAUAUAAAAUUUCUUGUGAUGUGCUCCAUGUUACUUGUACUGGUGGCUGAAGAUAACCAACUCCAAAACUUUUUUUUUUGUCUUGUGGUCUCUCCUCAAGUGUUGGAAUUUCUGUAAUCAACAUCAGUUAUAAAGAACAUAAAUUUAGUAGCAGUCACUUUAUGGUUUUUUCUUCCAAGUUCACAGUAGUGCAUUUUCAAGCAGGCAUUCAGAAAACAGAAAUUAUGAAGGAGUGAUUCUUAUUCAUCGGCAGUCUAGUGUCGAGAUAUUUAUAUGCAGUACCGCUCCUGAAAAUAUUUUGUGAAUAUGAACAUUUACACAAAAUUUAGCCAAAAUAAGUGUUUCUAAUUUGAAGUGGAACACAAGUUAGGAUGUUUGCUCUAAGGAUGAAUCUUAUCAGAGCUCCGUUUAAAGUAAUGUACAGAUAAUGAUACAAUUUAAUGAAAUAAUCAUCACUCAUAACUUAUGCUGUAAAUUGAUAAGUCAGUUUUGCUUGCUGUCAAAUAGGAAUGGUUAGCUUGGCAAAUAGUAAGUCCUAGUACAAUAAUAGUAAUAAAUAGGAGAGUUGUGGUCAUAUUAGUCACUGGAAAUGUGAUCACAACCAUUAGUACUAUUAUGAAUACUGAAAGAGGUUUGUCUAUUGUUACCAGCUUUAGAAAGAGUUGCUUGAAAUCUUGUAACUUUGCGGUGCUAGCUUUAUGAACUCGGUACUGUAUGUAAGAAGCUACCACUUUAAACUGCUGUCAGGAGUGCACUUAUUAGUUUCUGACGUGUACAAGCUAUCCUGUAUUGAUGACAGUUAAGUAAGCUUAUUCUGUUGUGUAGAUGAGAUACUGUAGAUCUAGUUAUGUGCCUUUGAAGAAGACAAUACAAUACUGCUACCUAAUAGUGUAAAAAUCCAUCUUUUCAUAUCAGAGAUUGAUAUCAUUUGCAUUCAGCUGGUGUUACAAAAUGUAAUUAUAAUUUUUAUACUGAAAUCAAAGGUGAGCGGCAAUAAUUUGCCUUACCAGAUCUAGUGGCAGUGUUAGAGCCAUGUCAAUACCCAAUUACACCAUUCUAGCAGGUAUCACAAAAACAAGUUUGUGCAAUGAAUAAUAGGACAUUCAGCUUGGAGUAAUUAAUAUUGUUUGUUUAUCAACUUUCUUGGUUCUGUAAUGUCAAGUAAUUCUACAAGAUCUUGUUUAAUUUUAUUUGGAGGUACAAUAGUGCUAUUCAAUAUUUUGAUUUCUGAGGAAAUGCCGAGUUGCUGCGUUCCCAUUAUUUAUGGGUUUUCUUGUUCUUGUCUAGUCGCACACAUUCAGAGAUGUGGCUGUGAGUGUUACAUUAGGUUUGGUUCUCAUUUGAAAACUGCAGGGUUAUGGAGUAGUCAAUCUGAUUAUGGUUUGCUGAUCUAUAUUCAGUUUGAAUGUUCCUUGUAAGUGUGUUUGAAGUAUUUUUUUCUAACUUGUGUGAAUGAUAUUGCCUGUUUAGCUUUGGAGCAGUUUUCAUUACUAGGUUUCAUCUUCAUUACAGUAAAAAUUGUAUCAUUUAGGUUGUGAGGUUUCAUUUUUUUUUUUUUU